AUGGUCAGUUUCUACUUUUGCAUCUGUGAUUACUCCUUUCGCCGGAAGCAAGACAAGGGCAAGAGAAGAAGAACCGUGACUGAAUACUUCCAAGAAAGAUCUCGGCAGCAGCCUGAGAACCCGUUUGCGACCUUGAUUCCGGACCAGGAGAUCGCCAUUGUCCCAUCUUUUACGCUCGAAUCCGGUGUCAUUUUGAAGAAUGUACCGCUGGCGUACUCCACCCGGGGCAAGUUGUCGCCCAACCGAGACAAUGCCAUGGUCAUCUGCCAUGCCCUCACUGGCAGUGCUGAUGUCAGCGACUGGUGGGGCCCUUUGUUGGGAGGUCCUGGGAGAGCCUUCGAUACUUCGAGGUUCUUCAUAAUCUGCAUGAACAGUCUGGGAAGCCCGUAUGGCACCGCUAGCCCAGUCACGGCCAAAGACGGCGACCCUAACAACGAGAGAUACGGCCCCGAAUUCCCCCUGACCACCAUCCGGGACGAUGUCAAUCUUCACAAGCUGCUUCUCGAUGACUUAGGAGUACGCCAAGUGGCCGCCGUCGUAGGUGGGUCCAUGGGCGGCAUGCUCGUGCUGGAGUGGGCAUACUUUGGCAAGGACUACGUUCGCAGCAUAGUGCCCAUAGCGACCUCUAGUCGGCAUAGUGCUUGGGGCAUCAGCUGGGGAGAGGCUCAAAGACAGAGCAUAUAUGCCGACCCCAAAUAUGACGACGGCUAUUAUCUUUUCGACGACCCGCCAACCACGGGUCUUGGGGCCGCCCGCAUGUCAGCGCUCUUAACAUACCGUAGUCGGAACUCCUUCGAAGCACGCUUUGGCCGAAACACCCCAGACCCAGCAAGACGCCAGACAAUUCGAGAGUUGCAACGCCCCAGCACGCCUUCCGAGGCGCACUUCCACAUCCAUAACGAUGGUCAUAAGACGACACGUGGUUCUCUUUCGCGAAAGAACAGCGAGCCGAGCAAAAUAUCUACCACGGCCGGGUCGAAUUCAAUUAGUUCAACUGUCAAUCAGGCUUUGAACUUGGAUCCUCAGUUCUCUGGCAAGAAGGAAAGCCUGGCUGAUGGCGACAAAAUCCCCACCACGACUUACUUUUCUGCUCAAUCGUACCUGCGCUACCAGGGGCAAAAGUUCGUCAAGCGGUUUGACAGCAACUGCUACAUCGCUAUUACACGGAAGCUGGACACGCAUGACGUGUCGCGCUAUCGAGCUGACAGCAUUGCUGAGGCGUUGGCACUCAUCGAGCAGCCGACUCUGGUGCUUGGCAUCGAGAGUGACGGCCUCUUCACGUUCGCAGAGCAGCAGGAACUGGCUGCCCACAUCCAGAAUGCCAGAUUGCGUGAGAUUGUGAGCCAGGAGGGCCAUGACGCUUUCCUACUACAGUUCGAGCAAGUCAACCGAUACAUCUUGGAGUUCCUGGCUGAAGUACUGCCGGAUAUCAUGGCUAGGGAAGGGAAGGUUGCGGAAGUGGCUGAUGUUGGACAGCUGACCAAGUCAAGCGUGUUUGGUGAGGCCGAGGUGGAGGAUAUCACGGCUUGGUAG